ACCUAACAGCAUUUGACAACACACUUUCGGCACAAAAAAUCAGGCAUUGGAAUAAAUAAAUAAAUACCCGGCGAGAGGAGCAGGAGAAAAUGCAUACGGAUCUGUCCGCCCAUCUGCACACACCCGCUUGCAACAAAUUAAUAGAAGAACUACAGGCCUGCCACGAAAACAACGCGUUCGCCAAGUUCGUGGGCGUGUGUAACUCCAUCGACGACAAGGUGGUCAAGUGCCUAAAGGGUGAACGUAUCGCCCGAUCCGCCGCAAACCGAGCCCGAGCCCGUGAGCGUCAGGCAAAGUAUAAGGAAAAGUUGCUGCAAGGAGAAGACAAUUAGAGACGGACAAGAUGACA